AUGGCAAGUGCUCCACAGUUAGAAAUUCAGAAACAAGAAGGUGUACCCGUGUCGGAAGACGGUACAAUUGGUGGUCAUCAAGCUGAUAAAGCCAAAUCUCAAUUUAAAGAACAAGAAGCUGAUGCCAAACUACACGAAACAUCUGUGACACAAAAUAUCACACCCGGACAAAAUUUACUUGGCCAUCAAGAUUCGGCACAGCCAGGAAUUCGUCCAGGUGAUGUCGCGGGCAAAGCUGGUGGACCAUCAACUUAA